AUGAUUCAACUGUUAAAGAACCCCAGAAUUGUACAUGGCCGUUUAGUCAAAUUUCCAAUAUCGUCCAUUCAAAGGUCAUCUAUUCUAUACAGUCAAAGACUUCAUAAGGAUGAUCCAACGAUCCCAAAAGUUCCGGCUGUUGAUAAUAGUCCACCAGCUGCUCCUAAACCUCCAUUACUAGAUAGAAUUAAGCAUGAAGUUCAACAUUAUUGGGAUGGUACCAAAUUAUUGGGUUAUGAGAUCAAAGUUUCUAGUAAAUUGUUGUUCAGAAUGAUAAGAGGUUAUGAAUUAACAAGAAGAGAACAAAGUCAAUUGACAAGAACUACUAUAGAUAUCUUUAGAUUAGUUCCGUUUUCAGCAUUUAUUAUAAUUCCAUUUGCAGAAUUAUUAUUACCUGUUGCUUUAAAACUUUUCCCAAAUCUUUUACCAUCAACUUAUGAAUCAAAAGCUGAUAAGAACAAAAAAAAGGAAAAGUUAUUACAAACUAGAAAAUCCACUUCAAGUUUCUUGAGACAAACUUUUGAAGAAAGUGGUGUUAGAUUACCAAAAGCUGUUACAGAAGAGGAAAAAGAAGAAUUUAUUAGAUUCUUUAGAACUUUAAACACUCUUGGUGAAACUGUAACUAAGGAGCAAGUUAUCAAAAUUGCUAGAUUGUUUAAGAACGAUGCAGUUUUAGAUAAUUUAUCAAGACCUCAAUUAGUUGCAAUGGCCAAGUAUAUGAACUUGAGACCAUUCGGCUCUGACCAAAUAUUGCGUUAUCAAAUCAGAUAUAGAUUAUUACAAAUCAUUAAAGAUGAUAGAGCUCUUGAUUAUGAAGGUGUUGAAUCUUUAUCAUUGAGUGAAUUGCAUAGUGCGUGUGUUUCAAGAGGUAUCAAAACUCAUGGUGUCUCAAAGGCUAGAUUACAAGAUGAUUUGAAAAUUUGGUUAGAUUUGAGAUUGAGACAAAAAAUUCCAUCAACUUUAUUGAUCUUGUCAAGUGUUUAUACUUAUGGUGAGGCUUCAAAUAACUUGGAUAGUUAUUAUGAUGCCUUGGUUCAAGUUUUACGUUCUAUUCCUGAUCAAGUUUAUGAUGUUACCAAAUCCGAAGUUGAUGAUGAUGCCAAGUUGAAAUUGAACAUUAUCAAAGAACAAGAAGAAUUGAUCAAAGAAGAAAAAGAACAAGAACAAGAGAAUAAAAACGCCUCUACUGUCAAAGAUGAUAUCAAUUUAGAAGAUUAUGAAAAGGAAGAAAGUGAAAAAGAAGGAAACGACAGUAAACAAAUUGAAGUAAAAUGGGCUGUCUGGUGUGAUUCUUUGUGUAAAAUUAAGUGA